UAUUUUGUUUUGCUUUCUCAACAACUUGCUGCCUUCCUCGAGUCAAAAGCUCUUUGCUCCCCUCGCUGCACUACCUACUUUGCUCCAUUGGCUGAUCUUGGCAUUUUGGUGACCCAUUUCCACCUCGAUCUUCUUUUUUUUACUUCUGUUCCCUGUUCUUGACCCGAAUCGGCUAACGAUGACCAGUCGUUGCCUCUUUCUUAAGCACGGAUUCAUCUUCAACAAUGCUCCCUUGAAGAAUGGCCUGGGCCGAUUCAUUCCUCAAUUGCAACGUGUCACCAUCAAAUUCUGCAAAGAAUCUGGAGGAUCCGUCGGAAUUAGGCAAUUUAUCGAAAAGGAAGUGGUUGAAUUUGCUCAGAAGAACCCUCAUGUCUCGUUGUAUUUGAAACCCAGACGCCAUCGGGACCCUUUUAUUGUGGCCGAAUAUUUGAAUGGGGAAAAGCAUCAUUUUCCUCUUAAGAAUAAGGAUUUCACUUAUGUGGUGGAGACUGUGGAUUCGUUGCUUCAUCAUUCAGGGAAAGAGUUUCAGAUUCAGGAGAAGCAGCACUACACGGACCAAACUUCGAUUCAAGGAAUGUGGCAUCCAUUCACUCAUGUGGAUCCGAGUGUGGCUGUGAGCCAAUUUCCCAAUGACCAGUUCUCGACUCCAUUUGGCGUGCCCAUGACUGCCACUGAGAAGUUGAAAGAACUGUUUGAAGCUCAAAAGAAGGCUUAAUGGGAUUGAAUCGCUCAAUCAAGUCUUGGUGAACUAUUCGAAGGUCUACAACCUAGUGCUUAUUAGUAAAGAAAUAAUUAUGAAGAUCUUGGCGAGUUUAUUAUGUGUAUUCCUCGUG